AUGUCUGACUACGGUGGUGACGAAGGCGGCUACGGCAAUGACGAACCGGAUGAUACUUUCUACGAGCCCGAAGAAGACCUCGACGAAGAACUCCCUCCAGAUGCAGACGUUGAUCAGGAUGCCCUAGAGGAGAGAGCGAGAGACCAGGCAGAAGAGAGUGGGGAGAAAACCGUUGUGACAUCUGGAGACCCAAAUCAGACCGGUCAGAAGCCUUCAAGCGAUGCCGAUAAGAAAAUUCCCGAUGAAAAGAGAACGACGACCCCCUACAUGACAAAAUACGAGCGCGCCAGAGUACUCGGGACUAGGGCACUGCAGCUCAGCAUGAAUGCUCCCCCUAUGGUCGACGUGUCGAACGAGACUGAUCCUCUAGCUAUGGCGAUCCUGGAACUGAACCAAAAGAAGAUGCCCUUGAUUGUCCGCCGCUACUUGCCUGACGGAUGGUAUGAAGACUGGACGUGUGAGGAAUUACUAUGA